AUGGCUGGUCGCUACGAUAGGAAACCCUUGGACGAGGGAGAAGAAGUCAAUCCUUUUGCUAAAGAGAAGGAGCUGGAAGCUAAAGAAGUUGAGCUUCAGCGACGCGAGCAGGAUCUCAAACGGAAAGAAGAUGCUGCUGCACGAGCGGGAGUUGUGAUGGAGGUGAAAAACUGGCCGCCCUUGUUCCCACUUAUCCACCACGACAUUGCAAAUGAUAUUCCCAUCCGUCUCCAAACUCUACAGUAUACUGCAUUUGCAACUUAUUUAGGAUUGGUUCUUGCUCUUUUCUGGAAUGUCAUCGCCGUUACUACUGCUUGGAUCAAAGGAGAAGGAGUGACGAUUUGGCUCCUUGCUCUUAUUUACUUCAUAUCGGGUGUCCCAGGAGGCUAUGUGUUAUGGUAUCGCCCUCUCUACCGUGCCUUCAGAAAUGAUAACGCGGCGAGCUUUGGAUGGUUUUUCUUGUUCUACCUGGUGAGUACAUUAGUGGUAACAUCUUAUAACCUGAGUGCUCUAGAAAAGUCAUGUGACACCGUUCCUUUCUUGCCACAGAUCCACAUAUUUUUCUGCGUCGUUGCUGCUGUUUCUCCUCCUUUUGUUUUCAAAGGAAAAUCACUUGCUGGCAUAUUACCUGCAAUGGACAUGUUGAGCAGUCAGGCAUUGGUCGGAGUAAGCUAG